CGCUUUCUCGAUAUCGCGAGAUUUUAUAGUCUUCCUCGCGGUGUGGACGUUGGUGCUGGAAGGUGUGCUCAAUGGCGGUGGCUGUUUCAGCGGUAAAUACUCCGUUUUGAACCGUAAAAGCUCCCCCAUAUAUAAUCUCACAAGACACCUCAGCGGAGAGCAGGCGCUAGAACAUAUCUCUUGGUUGUACUAUAUUUCCAAAGCCAAUGGCAGAACUUUUUGGGUUCAAACCUCCUUAAGGGGGGUGGGCAGUGCACCACUCUGGAGUUCAUUUGAGCAAAGGGAGGCGAGGCUCUGAUGAUGGAGAAUGGACAGAGCACAGCCUCGAAGCUCGGCCUGCCGCCACUCACCGCUGAACAGCAGGAGGCGCUGCAAAGGGCAAAGAAGUAUGCCAUGGAACAAAGCAUCAAGAGCGUCCUGGUCAAACAGACCCUUGCCCAUCAGCAGCAACAGCUCAGCAACCUACAGAUGCCUAAUUCCCUUCAGAUGGCCUCAUUAUCGAUGGGGUUUGGAGAUCCCCUCUCACCACUACAGUCUGUUGCAGCACAGAGGCAACGAGCAUUAGCCAUAAUGUGCCGUGUUUAUGUUGGGUCCAUCUACUACGAGCUGGGAGAAGACACGAUCAGACAGGCCUUUGCUCCUUUCGGUCCCAUUAAGAGCAUUGACAUGUCUUGGGACUCUGUUACAUUAAAACACAAGGGUUUUGCAUUUGUUGAGUAUGAAGUACCAGAAGCAGCACAGCUUGCUUUAGAACAGAUGAACUCCGUUAUGCUGGGCGGAAGAAACAUUAAAGUGGGGCGACCGAGCAACAUUGGUCAGGCUCAACCGAUCAUAGACCAGCUAGCCGAAGAAGCGCGCGCCUUCAACCGGAUUUACGUGGCAUCCGUGCAUCCCGACUUGUCAGACGACGACAUCAAGAGCGUGUUCGAGGCCUUCGGAAGAAUCAAGUCUUGCAUGCUGGCGCGGGACCCCACGACGGGAAAACACAAAGGCUAUGGCUUCAUAGAAUAUGACAAGGCCCAGUCGUCGCAGGAUGCCGUUUCCUCCAUGAACCUUUUCGACUUGGGUGGGCAGUACCUCCGAGUGGGCAAAGCCGUCACGCCACCGAUGCCCCUCCUGACUCCAACGACGCCGGGCGGACUGCCUCCCGCUGCUGCCGUAGCCGCCGCAGCCGCCACUGCCAAAAUCACAGCACAGAUGGCAUGGAAUCUGUCCCAGCCGGAGAAUCGGACAGAAGACUUCCUCAACUGUCUGCAUCUGUUGGUGGAGCGCUUUUUCUCCUCAUCCGGCCUUAUUGUUGACGGACUAAACAACCGACUUUCAUCCGAGCAUGAAGCGGUAGCGGGAGCAUCUAUUCUGGGGGCGAUGGCUGGGGGUACGGGCCUGAAUCUGCCCCAGAUUCCACAGGCCGUCAUGGCUGCUCAGGCCCCAGGGGUCAUUACAGGGGUGACGCCGGCCAGGCCCACGAUGCCUGUUGUGCCUCAGGUGGGCCUUGUGAACCCGGUGUUGGCCUCUCCACCGUCACUCUCAGCAGCUGUGGCUGCAGCCCAAGAGGCAAAGAAGGAAAAAGAAGAGGAGGAAUCUGCUCAAGAUGGCACGGGCCAGGAGAUGCUCAGUGAACAGGAGCAUAUGAGCAUUUCAGGCAGCAGUGCAAGGCAUAUGGUCAUGCAGAAACUCCUGAGAAAACAAGAGUCUACGGUUAUGGUGCUCAGAAACAUGGUUGGACCUGAAGACAUAGAUGAUGAUCUGGAAGGAGAAGUAACAGAGGAAUGUGGGAAGUUCGGAGCCGUUAAUAGAGUGAUCAUUUACCAGGAGAAGCAGGGUGAGGAGGAGGAUGCUGAAGUCAUUGUAAAGAUCUUCGUAGAAUUUUCAGCAGCAUCAGAAAUGAACAAGGCCAUUCAGGCGCUCAACAACCGCUGGUUCGGAGGUCGCAAGGUGAUCGCUGAAGUGUACGAUCAGGAACGGUUUGACAACAGUGACCUUUCUGCAUAGACUGUCAAAUACAUCCUGCCCUACAUAACCUUUUCUUCUCUCUCCAUCUCUCCCUUGUCCUCUCUCACUUACACAGAAGCAGCCGCCAGCCACUCUUCCCAGUGGUACUGGCUUCUCUUUAUAACUUGUAAUUAUUUUUUAUCGAUGUUGAUAUUAAUAUUAUUAAUGAUCCCAUCUUGGGACAGGUGAGGAAAUGCUCAUGAAUAUUUUUUUUAUUGUUGCUGUACUUUAAUGUGAAUGACUGGAUGCCCCCCUUCCCUUUUUUGGUCCAUUGGUUUACUCCCCAUUCCACCAAUCAGAUGUUGUUCAAAUUCAGUUUUUGUUGUUUUUGCCCCCCUCUUAUUGUUUAAAAUAUUGUCAAUAGCUUGUCAUGAUGCUCUUGGUUUCAAAUGCCAGAACAAUAAAUUCUUCAAAUAUGA